AGGCACCUUGAGCAUUUCUGAAUUGUAUCGACGCAUCAACCACCUCAUGGCAGCUUUCAACCGCACCACCUCUGACCCUUCAACAUUCAUCCUAAUGGGCAUCCCUGGCCUGGAGGCUGCCCAUAUCUGGAUUUCCAUCCCUUUCGCUACAUUAUACAUUAUCAGCCUGUUGGGAAAUUUCACGCUUCUGUCUGUUGUAGGUAAGGAGCAGACCCUGCACAAGCCGAUGUACCUGCUACUCUGCAUGCUGGCGCUUACAGAUAUCGCCACACCUACCUUUGUCGUACCAAAGGCACUGUGUAUAUUUUGGUUUAAUUUGAAAGGCAUUACUGUGGCUGGCUGCCUCACGCAGAUGUUCUUCCUCCAUAUGGUUUCUGUUAUGCACUCAUCCACCCUUGUGACAAUGGCCUUCGAUCGCUACAUUGCCAUAAAUAACCCUCUGAGAUACGCCACCAUCCUCAGCAAUGCACGACUAGUUAAGCUAGGGCUUGUAGGUUUGAUAAGAGCUGUUCUCUUCAUUCUGCCUCUACCCCUGCUCAUGAGUCAGCAGCCAUUCUGUGCCAACCACAUUAUCUCCCACACGCAAUGUGAGUACAUAGCUGUGGCAAAGAUGGUGUGUGGGGACAUCAGAGUCACCAGGAUAUAUGGCUUGGUGCUAAUGUUUGUAAUCAAUGGGUUUGACUUGACGCUCAUUGCCCUGUCUUACGGUCUGAUCAUCAGGGCUGUCCUCAGAAUCUCCUCUAAGAAAGCCCACCAGAAAGCCCUCAACACCUGCACAGCCCACAUCUGUGUGAUGCUGACAUAUUAUACCCCUGGCCUCUUCUCCAAUAUCACACACCAGCUCAGUCAAGGCAUCUCUCCCUACAUUCACAUCAUCUUGGCCAACAUCUAUCUCCUUAUCCCUCCGAUGCUCAACCCUAUCAUUUAUGGGGUCAAAACCAAAGAGCUUCGUGACAAAGUAGGCAAAUACACCUGCAGAAGGUGAUUGCCUGUGGUCACUGACUUUAAACACGGGUGACUAGAGGGGGAAAGCGUAUCUCCUCGUUAAUCAAGGGCACCCUGUCACAGUUUGGUUGAGCUAAGCAUUGUGGAAGUUCACAGUCUGAGAAGUUCCUCCCACCCAAUAUCUUAUUACUGCAUCAUUAAGCACUGCUCUUUCUAUUGCUGAGUUCCCUCUCUCUGACCAUCAUCUGACCUCUUUCAUUGUCACCCAUCAGCCUCCCUCCCCACACACCGUGUUACUCAGCCUUUCCGUGACUCGAAGGCUAUGUCUGUACUACCAUGGUAAGUGAACCUA